GUGAUGGUCGGCCUGGACAGCGGGAGCUCGGGCCACAUCGCCCAACUUUUCCAAACGUCCCGCAGUUCUUCUGCGAGAGAACCCCCCCUUGUCCUUUCGUCUUAAUCAUACUUGGAGCUCCCAGUCUGUGUACGAGGGUAGCCAUAUCUAACCGUAUUCUUUCCAUCAUGGCGGCCUUCUCCAACCCAACUCAGAUAUUUGCGGAAGAUGUCAUCGAAGAAAAGGGCGAGAAUGCUCGUCUAUCCGCCUUUGUCGGUGCUAUCGCAGUAGGCGACCUGGUGAAGAGCACACUUGGUCCCAAGGGAAUGGAUAAAAUUUUGCAGUCCGCAUCAACUGGGGAAGUUCUUGCGACAAAUGACGGAGCGACUAUUUUGAAGGCUAUCGCACUAGAUAAUGCUGCUGCUAAAGUGUUGGUCAAUAUCUCAAAGGUACAGGACGAUGAGGUCGGCGAUGGGACGACGUCAGUCGCCGUGUUGGCUGCAGAAUUGCUCCGGGAGGCAGAACAGCUUGUGAACCGCAAGAUUCACCCCCAGACCAUCAUCGAAGGCUACCGGAUAGCCAGCCGGGCGGCUUUAGAGGCUCUGGAGAAGACUGCGGUCAACAGAUCCGACGACCCAGAGGCCUUCAGGAAGGAUCUUCAGUCCAUCGCUCGAACAACUCUCAGCUCCAAGGUCCUGGCUCAGGACCGGGACCAGUUUGCCACUCUAGCUUGCGAUGCAGUGCUUCGGCUCAAGUCCUCGUCCGACCUCAGCCACAUUCAGAUCAUCAAGAAGGCGGGCGGGAAACUCAGCGACUCCUACCUCGACGAAGGGUUCAUCCUGGACAAGAAAGUGGGUGUCAACCAGCCCAAGCGCUUGGAGAACGCCAAGAUUCUAGUUGCCAACACCGCCAUGGACACGGAUAAAGUCAAGAUUUUUGGUGCACGGGUGAAGGUCGAAUCGACCGGCAAAUUGGCAGAGCUGGAGAAGGCGGAACGCGAGAAGAUGCGGGCCAAGGUCGAGCGCAUCAAAGCUCACGGCAUCAACUGCUUUGUUAACCGUCAGUUGAUCUAUAACUGGCCCGAGCAGCUGUUCUCAGAGGCUGGUAUCAUGUCCAUUGAACACGCCGACUUUGACGGAAUCGAGCGACUGGCCCUUGUUACCGGUGGUGAAAUUGCAUCGACCUUCGAACAUCCUGACCAGGUCAAACUGGGCCAUUGCGACCUGAUCGAGGAGGUUAUCAUCGGGGAGGAUACAUUCAUCAAGUUCUCAGGUGUAGCCGCUGGCCAGGCUUGCACGAUUGUGCUACGGGGAGCCACGGAACAACUGCUCGAUGAGGCUGAGCGGUCUCUUCAUGACGCCUUGGCUGUUCUUUCGCAGACAGUAAAGGACCCCCGAGUGACGUUGGGAGGUGGCUGCGCUGAGAUGGUCAUGUCCAAGGCCGUCGAACAAGCCGCCCAGAACACCACUGGCAAGAAACAGCUGGCUGUGGACUCAUUCGCUAAGGCGUUGAAGCAACUCCCCACAAUCCUGGCCGACAACGCAGGUCUGGACUCAAGUGACCUGGUGACGCGCCUACGACAGGCGAUCAAUAACGGGAUGACUAGCUCCGGACUGGACCUGCUGACACCUGGAGGUGGAAUUGCGGACAUGCGGGAGUUGGGCGUGGUGGAGAGCUUUAAGUUGAAGCGGGCUGUUGUUUCGUCCGCCUCAGAGGCAGCAGAGCUUCUUCUACGCGUUGACAACAUUAUCCGAGCAGCCCCCCGUAGAAGGGAGCGCAUGUAAUGGAGGUGGAUGAGGGUUGAUCUGCAUUUAGACCGAGUUGGGAGGGUUUACAACAUGGCGCACGGGAACGAGUUUGUCUGGAAUACAGCAAAAAUGGGAUUGACCCCAUGACGGGGAGAGAUUGCAUAUAAUAUGGCGGAUAGCUUGGCCUAGUAUCCUGUGCAAAUCCUCGUUCUUCACGAGACGAAAAGCGAAAUGGAUGAAUGAUUUUUACCGAGGACGUUAUAUUGAUGCCUGAGGUGUCAAU